GUUCCUGGAGGGGGACCCUGGCGAGGACACCUGCACCAUCGCCCAGGCCGACAUCGCUGAGGCUGCCGACAUCGCCAGCGCCACCAAGCACUUUGAGCUGACGCUGAACCAGUUUGGCCCCUACAGGAUGGAUUAUACCCGACCUGGCCGGCACCUGCUGCUAGGGGGCCGGCGGGGCCACGUGGCAGCCCUGGACUGGCAAACCAAGUCACUGCUGUGUGAGAUCAACGUCAUGGAGACGGUCACUGACAUCACGUGGCUGCACACGGAGACCAUGUUUGCGGUGGCCCAGCGGCGCUGGCUCUACGUCUACGACAACCAGGGCGUGGAGCUGAACUGCCUGAAGCGCUUCAACGGGGUCCUGCGCAUGGAGUUCCUGCCCUACCACUUCCUGCUGGCCACUGCGAGCGAGACGGGGUUCCUGCAGUACCUGGACAUCUCGGUGGGGAAGGAAGUUGCCACCAUCUGCACCCGGGGGGGGCGCCUGGGCGUGAUGGGGCAGAACCCAGCCAAUGCCAUCGUCCACCUGGGACACAGCAAUG